GUCCGCUCUUCAGCCGCCGGUCGGGGGCGGUGAAAAGCGAGUGAGGAGAGCGCGACGGCGGCGUAGCCAUCGCUGAGGGGAGAGCGAGGCCCGAGCUUCCGCGUCGAGAUUUGGUGACUGAGGAAGGGAACCCAGAGACUCCUUGAACAACGAAGGCAAGCAGACUGCAUAGUACCUUCAGGCACAGUGAAAGCUUACUAGCAGGGAGGAAGCUUCCAACCUGUUCCACCUUGAUUCUCUGCACUUUGCAACCAAGUCAAAAUGGUUUCAAUCCCAGAAUACUAUGAAGGCAAGAAUAUCCUCCUUACAGGAGCUACUGGUUUCUUAGGGAAGGUGCUUCUGGAAAAGUUGCUGAGAUCUUGUCCUAAGGUGAAUUCAGUCUAUGUUUUGGUGAGGCAGAAAGCUGGACAGACACCACAAGAGCGCGUUGAAGAAAUCCUUAGUGGCAAGCUUUUUGACAGGUUGAGAGAUGAAAAUCCAGAUUUUAAAGAGAAAAUUAUAGCAAUCAACAGUGAACUCACCCAACCUAAACUCGCUCUCAGUGAAGAAGAUAAGGAGGUCAUUAUAGAUUCUACCAAUAUCAUAUUCCACUGUGCAGCUACUGUAAGAUUUAAUGAAAAUUUAAGAGAUGCUGUUCAGUUAAAUGUGAUUGCUACACGACAGCUAAUUCUCCUUGCACAGCAAAUGAAGAAUCUGGAAGUGUUCAUGCAUGUGUCAACAGCAUAUGCCUACUGCAAUCGAAAGCAUAUUGAUGAAGUAGUUUAUCCUCCCCCUGUAGAUCCCAAGAAGCUGAUUGAUUCUUUAGAAUGGAUGGAUGAUGGCCUAGUAAAUGAUAUUACACCAAAAUUGAUAGGCGACAGACCUAAUACAUACAUAUACACCAAGGCAUUGGCAGAGUAUGUUGUACAACAAGAAGGAGCAAAGCUAAAUGUUGCCAUUGUAAGGCCAUCAAUUGUUGGUGCCAGUUGGAAAGAACCUUUUCCAGGAUGGAUUGAUAACUUUAAUGGACCAAGUGGUCUCUUCAUUGCGGCAGGGAAAGGAAUUCUUCGAACAAUGCGUGCCUCCAACAAUGCCCUUGCAGAUCUUGUUCCUGUAGAUGUAGUUGUCAACACGAGCCUUGCUGCAGCCUGGUAUUCUGGAGUUAAUAGACCAAGAAACAUCAUGGUGUAUAAUUGCACAACAGGCAGCACUAAUCCUUUCCACUGGGGGGAAGUUGAAUACCAUGUAAUUUCCACUUUCAAGAGGAAUCCUCUCGAACAGGCCUUCAGACGGCCCAAUGUAAAUCUAACCUCCAAUCACCUUUUAUAUCAUUACUGGAUUGCUGUAAGCCAUAAGGCCCCAGCAUUCCUGUAUGAUAUCUACCUCAGGAUGACUGGAAGAAGCCCAAGGAUGAUGAAAACAAUCACUCGUCUUCACAAAGCCAUGGUAUUUCUUGAGUAUUUCACAAGUAACUCUUGGGUUUGGAAUACUGAUAAUGUCAAUAUGUUAAUGAACCAACUAAACCCCGAAGAUAAAAAGACCUUUAAUAUUGAUGUACGGCAGUUACAUUGGGCAGAAUAUAUAGAGAACUACUGCAUGGGGACUAAAAAAUAUGUAUUGAAUGAAGAGAUGUCUGGCCUCCCUGCAGCUAGAAAGCAUCUGAACAAGUUGCGGAAUAUACGUUAUGGUUUCAAUACUAUCCUUGUGAUUCUUAUCUGGCGCAUUUUUAUUGCAAGAUCACAAAUGGCAAGAAACAUCUGGUACUUUGUGGUUAGUCUGUGUUACAAAUUUCUGUCAUACUUCCGAGCAUCCAGCACUAUGAGAUACUGAAGACCAAGAAUUUAGCAUUAGAACAUCUAUGCAUAUGGUGAUCUAAAUGCACAAAAUGUAAAAUGUACCUAAGUCAUCUCACCUUUUGUUAAGACAUUAAACCAUCUUAAGUUGGAGCGUGGAGUAAAUUAUGGUCCAUUUUAUGUAACAUUUUAAUGUUUAUGCUCAAAACCUAGUGAACACACUGUGGUAUGCCAGCUCAGAUCUGCAAUAGCCACUCAAACUAUGACUUACAUUUUGAUCCUUGGAAUGCAGAGGGUAGGAAGAGGGCAGAAGUGGGGCUAUGGGAACAUUGACCAGUAUAACUGUGCAGUUCUGGAACAUACUAAUUAAAACAUGCCUUAACAUGCAGUCCUAAUUUCAGUGCAAUGGGAAGUGUACAGACAGGAGGCCUAGUUAGAUUAGUUGAGUAUUUGAUUUGAUUCUUCAUUGUUGGAUUUCUUUUUUUUAAUCAGAUGAGAUGUGGGUUUUAGUUUUGUUAAGAACACAGCCAUGUAUUUUUGCUUCCUAUAAGUUAAAGGUGGUAUCAGAUGUAAAGACAUGUUCUAAUUUUCUUUCUGAUUAAAUGUGUGUUGCAUUUCAUUUUCCUGCAAGUAAUCAGUUGCUCUUAUGAUCAAAAGGCCAAAUAUUAUUCUGUAGACACUGAUGGAUCUAAGUAAAUUUGAGAAUCCAUGUCAGUAUAUGCUCUGUGCAUUUGAAGCAAAGUGAAAACAUGGACAGUAAAACUGUGUUAGUAUCAGAAGAAUAGUACAACAAUUUUCUAGUCUACAUUUUGAUCAGAUGGAACUCUGGUGAGAUGUAUUUUCAUUUUGAAGAGGAUUUCUUGAGACUUGAUUGGAGAUGGGAUUAGGGAAAGAUUCAUCAUACAUGUUCUCUCUAUUCCUUUAUAACUUUUCUCACAGGAUUCACCCCGUCUGAACAUGCAUUAUUAUGAAGGAAUGUAGUUGCAGCUUUUAACAUAAAGAAAAUAUCCUCAUGUGUUUAUCAACACAUACUGAUUUUGACCUUGAAAGCUGAAUUCCUUAAAAAUAAGUAAUGCAUAAGUAUGUGUAUAAAAUUAAAUAAAGGAUUUUACCAUGUAAAGUAGCAAACUUUUGAAUGAGUAUCAAGUCAUCAUUUCUUUGCAUGUUGUUUUAGCUUUAGAAAGACAUGCGUUAUAGAAACAAUAGCAAGAAAAUUGAUGUAUAUUUAUCGAUACAUUACAGUUCCCUUUAAAUCUUACUAGUUUGUUACUAUUUUAUCAUAUUUUCUUUAAUGGCUUGUUCAGAUCAAGUUGUACUACAUUUAAAUCAUCAGCAGUGUAUCUUGAAAGUGCUUAAAGGGGUCAGUUCACAGUACAAGAAAUUAAAUGUAACUUUACGUUUUAAUUUUUUUGUCAAUGAAAUACAGUGUAAAAGUUUAUUUUGCUAUUGUGGAAAAACAAAAUGUAAAGGAAACCAACUUUUUCCAUGCAGGUGUAUAGUCUUGAAGAGGAAAAAAAUGCUUCUGUUUUGAAGCCAGAGUUUGUGUAGUAAAACUUUUAAACAUUAUUUUAAAAGAAAUAUGUAUGUAAAUAUCUAUGUAUUCUUUGGAAUGAUACUGAAGUCUCUGGUCUAGGACCAUGCCUUUUGUAAGGUAUGAGAGACCAUGAUAGUGUGUGAAAACCAUGCCUUUUGUAAGGUAUGAGAGACCAUGAUAGUGUGUGAAAUGGAAUAAAUGAUGCCUUUGAUUAAGGUGGCCCAUAUAAUAUACAUUGAGUACUCCAUGUCUCCAAGUACAUUUCCAUGAUGUAAUGAAAACACACUAACCUUUGUAUGAUUUUUAUACAUCUGCCAAAUAUACCUAGAAUCUGGUGAGUUGUCUUUGGGUCUCAGAAAAGAAUCAGGUGCAAUGUGGGCAGGUCUGUAAAGUGAAUCGGACAUGUGUCUUCUGUUUUAUUGCUUGUGUAAUCUAAUUUAAAGAAAUGCUAACUAGGGCCAUGCUGAGGUUACAAAUUAAUUUUAUGUGUUUAGAAUUCUGUUGACAAAAGGUAAUGAGUAAAUGGCAUUCAUCCUGGAAUUUACAAUUUUAAAAUUAGUAUGGAGGUAAAAUGUGAGAUUGUCAGUCCUCACCAAGUAUGCUUUGGAUUCAAGUCAUAUUUAAAGAGUUUAGAAAUGUAUUCUGUUUGUAAUUUGCUAGACAGAGUUUUUAGUUCUGAUUAUAUUUUUCAUACAGAUUAUUCAAUAGGACAACCUGUAAAAUAAAUUGAUUUCAUUCAACUCAUUUGACAAAACUGUACUCUAAACCAUUUAGGGUUUUCCCCUUAUCUUUUCUUCUCUGAACUCUGGCAUACAUAUUUGUACACUGUAAUGUCAUUGUAACCAUUUAAUUAAUUGCCUUGGCAACGCUAAUGUAUCUUAAAGCUUAGUGCAGAUAAGCAUGACCAGGUUGUAUGUUGUUUGGCUUGAGGGUGACAUAGAAUAAGCGUUCCUCCAGUCUGCCAGAUGAUGCUUGGAAGCGGGAGGGGACUCUUCCUUCUCCCCUUUGUGUUUGUCUGUAGGAACUGAUUGGAAAACUUUGUUUUGUGUUUUGUUUGUUUGUUGUUUUAAGUGUAAACUGAUAAUCUUUUAUAAGAAGUCAAUAGAAGCAUUGGGUGCCUUUGUUUGUAAACCAAAAAGUAAUAAAUGAAUCCCUAUAUUUCUAUUCUA